UACUCGGGUUCCAUGUUUCUAUACUGGUUGCGCAUGCGCACUAGUUUCUGUCAUGAUGACCAACCGUCCUAGUAGUACCGUGAAAAACUCUAGAUCUCAUUCCAGGGAAACCGUCAGAGUUUCGGGUAGCUUCCACUGGCAGAUAUUACAUGAGGAGAAAAUUACCAGUGACUAAUAAUGAUUGAGGAGUUGGCUAAAGAUUAUGCGGCUUACGCUAAGGUCGAUCUGACCGACCAGAUGAAAAAUGUCCACGACUCUAUCGAGGAUAUGAUGACGCGACUGGAAGAAUUCGAGUCCAUUAUUGGAAUGGUCCAGACCGAAGGUGCAGAAUGCAUGAGCGGCCAUAUUCCAAGAUUACUUUCGAUACGUCCCGAGCUACGAAAUCUCGGCAAGCGUAUAGACGCCCUGAACUUUUUCGUCGCCAGAGCAAACGCCGAUCUUACUGCCUUGGAAACAGCCGUCGAUAAUGCGGAAGCUGAACUGGGCGGACCUGAAACAAUAUUUGGAAUGCUGAAUCCAUUGUCGCUUUUUGUAAGUCACAGUUGAAACUUGUAAAAGAGAAAAAAAAUCAAGAACCCAUUGUCGUGCAAAGGUCAACCAGUUUUGAACAACCCAUCAUUUAUAAGACUGAUGAUUACUUUGACAAACAAUAAAUAUGACGUAUGCACUUCGUUAAUAACAUUAACCAUUGCAAGUAUAUCCUUGUUAAACGUUGAAGUCUGUUCUUUCUUUACUUCUAUUAUAAAAUUUGUUUAGUUCGAGUAAGAUAUAACGUUUAUGCAAUUACUACUAAAUUUAAAAAAUUGUGUUAUACAAUAAAUUGGAUUUCCACCUAA